UUGUGCCUCUUUGUUGGCACAACCUUCGGAUAUGUGGAUAAACAAAAUCCACCACAAUGGAACAAUGUAUACACAGUGAAAGGUCUUUUGAACAUCCCUUAUGCCGAAUUACAUGAACCAUUCUAUGCUUGGUACGACGGCAAGAAUGGCAAGUCCCGGAUCGACUACUACGGCAACAUGGUCAGGACUUACCAAAUGUCUUCCUCCGUUUUCCCCAAGUAUGGUACUUCAAUCAAGGUAGCCCCCGUGACCACUGAGAAGGAGCUGAACAAGGAAACCUGCCUCCAAGUAAAUGGCACUGAGGAAAACAGCAUCAACAUACAAUCGGUUCUGCCCGACAUGACGGACUUCAAAUUUGUUGGUACAGAAACGAUGCUAGAUUCGGAAACUGCAAAAUGGAGGAUGGUUCAGACGAUUGGCGACAAGGUGAACAAGUACACCAUGUGGGUGAAAUACAGGAAGAGUCUCAAAGGAGAUCCAUUGCCAAUUCCCGUCAGGUACGAGAUGAAAGGAUUCAAUUCGCUGUUGGGUUCGCACUAUGACCACUACUACCUCGACUACAGGGACUAUGAUGUUGACGAUAUCGACCCCAACGUAUUUGUUAUUGAUCGCAGUAUGCAGUGCACGUCGUUCCCGGGUCCCGGGUCGCGCCACUACGCCACCUUCAACCCCAUGAAGGAGUUCGUACAUCCCGUGCACGACGCUCACGUUGACAGCGAAUUUGACAGAUUCAAGGCUAAACACAACAGACAAUACGCCAGUGAGGUGGAGCACGCUAAACGCUUGAAUAUCUUCAGGCAGAAUCUACGCUUCAUUCACUCUAACAAUCGCGCGCGGCGUGGCUUUAGUUUGUCUGUGAACCACCUGGCUGAUCGCACUGACGACGAGCUGGCGGCUUUACGGGGACGAAGAUACAGUGGACUCAGUCCUUUGGGUCUACCUUUCCCAUACGGGGAAUCCGAGUUGAAGGAGAUGCAAGUGAAACUGCCCCCCGAAUUCGACUGGAGGCUGUUUGGUGCUGUUACACCAGUGAAAGACCAGUCGGUGUGCGGCUCGUGCUGGUCGUUCGGAACGGUCGGUGCUGUAGAGGGCGCGCUGUUCUUACGCAACGGCGGCCAUCUUGUUCGUCUCAGUCAACAGGCGCUCAUCGAUUGUUCAUGGGGGUUUGUCAAUUUUACUAUUUUUAAAUUAUAA